CUUUUCGGUGUAGCACCGUUAAUUUUGUAAAACAUUAUACCAGCGGGAACUCAGAAAAUCACGAAGGAUGGUUUUUAGCCAGCCCCAAAGGAACAUAAAAGUUGAAAACCAAUACUGAGAUUUUAAAGAACCUGCUGAUGACAUUAUGAGUUGAAAGCUGGUGAUUGACGUCACUAUAAGUAAAAUAAACGAGACAUCUCUUAAGAUUGUGGCCAUGGACACCUCAGAUUUCUCCAUUACUCUGGACCAGCGUCCAAGGAUGAUGAAGUUGGAGGCGGAAUUAGAAGGCGAUUCUCCAAUGGUACGAGGCCAGGAACAAAGUAAAACGUUUCGUAACAGAUCGGCCAACAUAAACAUCCGACGAUCACUUCAGUUAUUGGAUGAGAGUGUUGCCUCUCCUGCCGCUCUGAACAGAAGAACGCCACGUAGGGCUGGAUCAUUGCAGCAUAGCACAUACACACCAAUAUCUUCUGGGUCAAAGUAUGAUGUAUCAGGAUUAUUGGGUCCUACACCAAGAAAAACACCAUCAAAAGAUCAAAGUUAUAACCAGAUGGAUUCCACAAUGUUUACUGGCAAGACCUACCUUGAAGAUGUGACGGAGGAAGUAACGACCACCAAUGUUGGUCUAUUGUUGGAGGAAGAUCCCGGUAUCUCUGCUUGUAAGGGCCUCUUUGAGGAUUUCCAAAAAUGUAUGAAGUCAAAUGCAUCAGAGAGUCAGUCCUUUGACCUGAUCAAGGAGUAUGAAAGUGCAUGUCGGGAACACGUAAUAAUUUUACGGAAGUUGAUGAAGAGGGCUACAAGGAAUGAACCAAGGUUCCAGAAAACAUUUGAUAUGUUGGACCUGAUAGAACAUGAACAGAACACAUGGCAGCUUGUACACUCCCUGUUGAAGGACCAGCUAGAGGUGGAGCUCAGGAUGGACCUACCACAGGAAGACAUGGAAGUCAAUGAAAAUGGCCGGUCUUUAUCCAGAAAAAGUGACAGGAAAAUUGUCAGCGACUUUUUCGAAAACAAUUCAGAAAUCAGACAAAGUCAGCUGAUUGUUGACUGGUUGGAGAGCUGUGCAUUAGAGAAGGUACAGAGAAUCCGAGAUAACAUCAAAUUUUUCUCAGAUCGAGCUGUAGGAUGGGAAAAUACUCUACAUAAACUGCAAACAAGAGAGUCGGGAACCAUGUUUGGAGGAACAGAUCGUCCUUUGGUUGAUGAAAUCGAUCCGGAUGCUGCUGUAAGACAGAAAAAGAUGGUGGAUGAUUUGGACAAGGAAGACGAAUCCCGCCUCCUACAGACACUGUUUGUUUACAUACGGGCAGGUCAGCUACAGCAGGCCCAAGAUAUUUGUCGUGAACACGGUCAGGCAUGGAGGGCAGCCACACUAGAGGGAUGGAAGCUUUAUCAUGAUCCUAAUUUUGAGUCUUUGGAGGAUGGCCAGACGAGCUCUGUAGAGGGAAACCCAAACCGAGACAUCUGGAGAAAUGUCUGCUGGAACAUGGCAAAAGAGCCAAGUUAUGACCAAUUUGAGAAGGCUAUCUAUGGUAUUCUAAGUGGUAACCUGCAGGCUGUACUGCCUGUAUGUAAGGACUGGCUAGACUAUCUGUGGGCACACUACAAGGUACUCGUGGACGUGCGAGUGGAACAGGAACUACGCACACAGAAGCUGUCCGGACGACAGCUUGUCAGCAUGCCGUCGGAAUUCUGGGAUCAAUCAUCUGAUCCUGAAUCUGUGUUCAGAAGACUGGAAGCUUAUGAAACCAUUAGUAAAGAGGGCUUACGCUGGUACCAUGUCUUACAGAAGUGGAUCAUCCUUGGAGACACUGAUAAGCUGAUUGAAGUAAUGGCAGGCUGGGUGAGAGAUGACCACCUCAAGGUACCUCAACAUCUGUUACGGUUCAUGGCACAUUUGGUCCUCUUCCUACGAUCAACACAGCGCCAUGUCAGAAGUGACCUAUGUUCGCUGAUACUGGAGGCGUAUGUCCAGGACUUGAUUCAAGGAAAUCACAAAGACUUAGUAGCACAUUAUGUCGCAACACUACCGAGCGAAGCACAAGUUGUGUGGUAUGCUCGCUUCUUGGAAGGUGUUGAGGAGAAGGGAGAGAGACAAGCCUGUUUAGGUUUGGCUGCUGACGCUGAACUAGACAUCCCUCUUAUCACCAAACUUGUUGUGGAGAACAUUCGCAGUCACUCUACUGUCGACUUCAACAGAAACAUGGACCAGGAGGUUGACACUACCAUCACACCGGAGGAUAAGAAGAAAAUCGAUGCCAUUGAUUGGUUAGUGUUUGACCAGUCACAGCGAUCUGAAGCCAUGAGACAAGCCAAUGCGGUGAUGCGUUCAUUUGUUGCCAUCAAAAAGCUGCAUGCGGCUAAGGAAGUGUUCAGCAAGCUUCCAGCGGACUCCAUAGAUGUGAUAGUGAAGACUUGGCAGUACCAGACAGGAUCAGCUGACCUGCCCCCUGAGGAGGCCAACAGCGUGAGGGAAUACCUGUGUCAUAGGGCCUAUCUGACUGCUAUGGACAGUUUCAAUGAUUUGUUCAACCAAUACCACCAUACCAAGCCUACCAAACCUACACUGGCCGAGGGGGCUUCCUUCACAGAGAAAGUGGCUCAUGAACAACAUAUGAAACGCUUUCAGCAAGAAUUGGAAAGAUGGCGGCAUCACCUCAACAUCCAAACAAAGACGACCAAGGGUAUGCUAUACAAUGUGUUACUCUUUGCGGAUGGAGGCUGGAUGGUUGACCAGAAACAGGUUGUGGCCCCUGAUACCAAUCGCGAACACCAGAUGGGGCUGCUGAGACAGUUGGUGUUGCCUGGACUCUGUUUUCUUCUCCAUAAGAUCCUGCAUACAAGUGGCCACUAUGACGAGUGCCUUAAAAUUGCUGAUCUUGUAGCCUCGGAGCAACAUGGUCUUUAUAAGGUAUUCCGGAAAGAUGAACUUCAACAGUUACUUCGGCUUUUGAGGGAUUCUUCUCUGUCUAAUUUGAAUAAGAAUUUGGAUCCCCUCGGAUACGAGUCAACAUUGGACCAACAGCCAGUCAACAUGUGAAUAUGGACAUCUUCAUUAAAAACUGGACAUAACACACAAACUGAAUAGGUGAUUUUGCAUUUUGGAGCAAUACCUGUAAAAUACGAACUGAACACCAUAAGAGUCCAGGGUCGUUGUUGUUAAUCAUGGUGCAAGCGGUUUGAAUGACUGGAGUUGUUUGUUUAUGAAACAAGGACAGACCUAUUGAUCUUAUUUUACAUUCUUGUGAGUCUAAAGACUUUUAAGGUCUGCAUUAGUGCCUGCAUGUCCGUUACGAUGCCAGAAAUCCUACAUUUCAAAACUGACAAACUUUUGAUUGCAUAUACUAAAAGGCUCCUUAAAGUUGACUUUAAGUUAUAAACGAGAUGAUUGAAGUGAAUAAGACUUGAUUGCUGACUUACACACAACAGACACUCCGAAGCGGAUUUGUAGAUUAUCAUUGGUGCUACAAUAGUUCUUACUAUGGAAUGCUACAAUAUUACUUUCUAUUGAAGUUGGAAUACAAGACAUAACACUUUUGUGGGGAAAGCUUUGCUUCCCUCAUACAAUUUGUAUUACACAUUUUCUUAAAAUCUUGUGAAAAAUAAAUUUGAAUAAUAAAGAAAUGAAUAAUUGA